AUGAAAAACAGGCUCCUUGCCAACAAAGAGAACCAACCUCCUAGUCAACAAUCUCAGAGUCCAGCCCCAAAAGAGCCCCAAAAUGCGAAAUGGACAUCAGAGGAUGAUGCCACAUUUGUGGAUAAAUUGAAGGAGGCACAAAUGGAAGGUAAUCAACUUAACAAUAACUUCAAAAAAUCAGCUUUUGUUGCUGUAGCUGUUGUGCUACCAACAUUGGGGAACAUUAAAGGCUAUGUGCCUUGUUGUUCAGCAGCUCCAAGAGCUGCUAGUUUUGGAUGGGAUAAUACCAGAAAGAAAGUAACUGCUGAAAAAGAUGUGUGGGAUAACUAUAUUGCAUCCCAUCCAGAAGCAAAGCUAUGGUGUACAAACCCUUUUCCGUUCUAUGACAAUAUAAUUGGACUCAUUGAUGGACACUAUGCCACUGGUGAGGGUGCUUUUCAUAUCCCAGAGAUUGAUGAGCCUUCUUUGCCCUCACCUCAUCCUUACAAGGAGCAAGUGGAUCAAGAUGAUGUGGGCACAGUGGAUGGUCAUCCAGAGAGUGAUUUAGACUUGGAUGGGGAAGAAAAGUCUCAAGAUUCUAUUGAAGUGUCUCAGAGCUCAAAACACAAAUGUGCAGCUUCUGGAUCACCCACUCCUGCAUCUGCAUCAAAGCGCCUUUGUACCAAGGUGACAGGACCUUCUGCCAUCCUUGGAAUUGCAGAUGCUCUUAGUGCUAUGGCUUCAUCACUCAGUCGUCCUGACCCUAGUAUUUCCCAGCUUAUUAAUGAUGUCCCCAGCAUACCUAAGAGGAGAAUUGCUGCAAUCAAGGCUGUUUGUGUUGAUGAUGCAUUGUCUACUGCUAAGCGCACACAAGCAAUUGCACUAUUCACCAAGAAUAUUGCCAUUGCUGAUGCAUAUUCUGCUAUCUCUGAUGAUGUCCUUUAA